UAGAAUGCCGGUGCAAGUACCCAUUUCUUCUGUUCGUAGAGUGCACGGUAACUCUUCUUAUGCUGGUUCUCACACUGAAUCUAAAGAAAAGCAUGCCGGGAGUGGUGUAUAUAAACAAAGAUUAAUUAGUGGUGAUCAAGAAGCUGGGCUGCAUGAAGAUAACAUUGAUUUGAAACGUGAAUCCAACCAGAUCAGUAACAGAAGUGAUGGUCUGACAUUAGAUGGGUCAUCAGUAAACAGGCGUCUGCAGGGUAGUGGCAUAUCACCCUACCGUAGGGAAUGUUCUGAGUCUAUCCUUCAUGAUGGAAAAUGUUCUCUUGGUAUUCCUGAGAAAGCUAAGAGUUCCAAGGAGACUAGUAGCUCGGAUAAAUAUAGAAAAGGCCGCAGCUUUCUGGAAUGGGAAGCGGGCUUAGGAUGUCCUGUGGUUGAGAAGACACUGUUAUGUUGA